UUAAACGGCCUGAGAGACUUGGGUUUUAAUUCUGUUAUUUACUGUUUGCAAUUUAGUGAUUUCAUAAUUCUCCCUGGUUACUUGGACUUUAUGGCAAAUGAUGUCGAUCUUUCUACCCGUCUUACAAAAAAUAUUGACAUGAAACUUCCGUUCAUCUCCUCGCCUAUGGAUACCGUAACAGAGUCCAAUAUGGCUAUUGCAAUGGGUAAAUAUGAACAAGGCUUUAUUAUGGAUCCAAUUGUCCUUGGGCCGAACAACACUCCCGCUGAUGUCCUCCAGAUCAGAAAGGAUCAUGGAUUUAGUGGUAUUCCAAUCACAGACACCGGCUUGAUUGGUGGUCGUCUCCUUGGUCUGGUUACGCUUCGUGAUAUCGAUUUUUUGGAUGACAGUCAACUUAACUGCCCCGUUACAUCGGUCAUGACACCCUUCGAUUCGCUUGUCACCGCAUAUCAUGGCAUACAUCUAUCCGACGCCAACAAAAUUAUGCAGAAAAGCAAAAAAGGCAAGUUAAAGCUUCAUGGUAGCAAUGUUCAUCUAACUGCGUCGGGUACUUUAUUUGGCUCUGGUCUCCGUAUGGCUAUGUCAGUGUUUUGUGUUCUUAUUUUAGGGAAGCUUCCAAUUAUAAAUGAAAACAAUGAGCUGAUAUCUAUCAUAUCUCGAACUGACUUGAAAAAGAAUCUAAAAUAUCCUCUUUCUUCAAAAGAUUCCAGGAAGCGAAUUUUGGUUGGCGGAGCUAUCUCGACGCAUGCCGAUGGGUGGGAUCGCGCGGAGGCUUUGCUUAAUGCGGGCGUUGAUCUCCUACUUUUGGAUUCUUCCCAAGGCAAUAGUAUUUUCCAGCUGGACAUGCUGAGGCGUCUGAAGUCGGCCUAUCCCCACGUUGAUGUUAUUGCUGGCAACGUUGUGACCUGUGCCCAGGCGAAGAACCUAAUCGACGCCGGCGCGGACGCCCUACGUGUUGGAAUGGGCAGUGGCUCCAUCUGCAUCACACAGGAAGUUACUGCUGUUGGUCGUUCGCAAGCCACUGCUGUUUACAAGAUGCGGCAGAUCCCUGUUUUAGCUGUUGUCCAGUGUAGGGGUCCGGCCGGUCGUCAGCCGUUUCGAAGCCCCGAACACGUGUCUGAAUACGCGCGUGCUUACGACGUGCCGGUCAUAGCUGACGGCGGCAUCUCUGCAGUGGGGACUAUCGUGAAGGCCCUUGCGCUGGGCGCCUCCACUGUGAUGAUGGGGUCUCUCGUUGCAGGCACCACGGAGGCACCCGGCGAAUACUUCAUCUCGAAAGGCUUCCGCGUCAAGAAAUAUCGCGGCAUGGGCAGUCUCGACGCCAUGUCUUCGAACCAGUCUAGCCAAAACCGAUACUUCUCAGAGCAUGACACAGUGAAGGUAGCUCAAGGUGUGUCUGGAAGCAUCAUGGAUCGUGGCUCCAUUCACCAGCUCAUCCCGUACCUCGCCGCUGGUCUGAAGCACGGCAUGCAGCAGAUUGGCGCUCGGUCUCUCAAAGCCCUUCGCGACCAGAUGGUGUCCGGUCAGCUGCGCUUCGAGCGUCGCAGCCCCUCCGCUCAGCUCGAGGGCUCCGUCCACAGUCUCCACUCGUAA